CCACAAAAAUACAAAAUCUAAAACAUUCUUUUCCAAUUUUUACAUUUCAUGUGUUCUUUACUAUCUCAAAUUGUUAGUCAUGAUCCAACAUCAUCAUUGGUUGCUCUGGUCUUAGCCUGAAAGAUGCUUCUGCUAAACAAAGAAUAAAAGAAAAAGACUUAAUUUUAGUAUGGCAAGUCGUCUUUAUCAAAAUAGUAAAUAGGAGUUGGUGAGAAAGAGAAGCUUACCUGAACAUGAAAAGGCCUGUAUUUCUUUCUUUUUCUUCUUAAUCAUUUUGGUUGUAUCAUCUUCAGAAACUCCCUGGUUUUGUUGGGAAAAUGGAGGAAGAGCAACAAAUCCAAAUCCCAAGAGUCAAACUGGGCAGCCAAGGAUUGGAGGUUGCAAGAUUGGGAUUUGGAUGUGCAGGACUAUCUGGAAUGUACAACGCUCCUCUCUCUCAUGAAGCUGGAAGUUCAGUUAUCAAGGAAGCAUUCAAUAGGGGUAUCACUUUUUUUGAUACUUCAGAUCUCUAUGGAGAUAAUUAUGAUAAUGAAAUCAUGGUUGGCAAGGCUUUGAAACAGCUUCCUCGAGAAAAAGUUCAAUUGGCUACAAAGUUUGGUAUUAAAAGGACAGGGGAAUUUGAGUUUGAGGUAAAAGGGAACCCUGAAUAUGUGAGACAAUGUUGUGAAGCUAGUCUUAAGCGGCUUGGUGUGGACUACAUUGAUCUAUACUAUCAGCACCGCGUUGACCUUUCAGUGCCAAUUGAGGAUACUAUGACGGAGCUAAAGAAACUGGUAGAUGAAGGAAAGAUAAAAUACAUUGGAUUAUCAGAACCUAGCGUAGACACAAUAAGAAGAGCUCAUGCAGUUCAUCCCAUCACCGCCUUGGAAAUGGAGUAUUCUCUUUGGGCACGUGAUAUCGAGAAUGAGAUAAUUCCACUCUGCAGGGAACUUGGUAUUGGGAUUGUGGCAUAUAGUCCACUUGGUCGCGGAUUCUUUGGUGGAAAGGUAGUUAUGGAAAGCUUGCCCUCGGACAGUGUUCUGACUAUGCAUCCAAGGUUCAGCAGGGAGAAUUUGGAGAAGAACAAACCUCUCUAUAGCAAGCUUGCCAACCUUGCUGAAAAACAUGGCUGCACCACUCCUCAACUGGCUUUGGCUUGGCUUCUGCAUCAGGGAAAUGACAUAAUUCCAAUCCCAGGGACAACAAAAGUUAAGAACCUUGCUGAUAAUAUUGGAGCUUUGGCCCUGAAACUUACAAAAGGGGAUUUGAAAGAAAUUUCUGAUGCCUUUCCUAUUGAGGAAGUUGGUGGAAACCGGGAAUUUGAAGUUUUCUCUAAAUAUGCCUGGAAGUUUGCAAAUACCCCACUAAAGUAAAUGAAAAUCAUAAAAGAGGCAGUAAAUGUGAGUGAAUUUCGUUUUAUUCUACAAUAUGUACUGUGACUAUGAAGAAAAUAUUGUGCGCCUGUACAAACAAUUUUUUUUUUUUUUUUUUUCAGUUUCUGUUUUAUGUUACAUCUUACGUGCUAUUAUUUCCUAUACAUAAAUCAUAACCAUCAUAUAUGAGUGUAUAGUGGGACAUCCAAUGAAAGUUUCGAGUUUUGUAUAUUUGCUACAAUCAUCGUUUUAAUUAUGGUCUAAUUAUUUUAAUUUAAAGACAAAUCCG